AUGAGAAGUGAAUUCGAGUCCCGUGGAGUUUAUGUCCCUGGCCCUCGCAUGGUCAAGUACUACAGCGAUCGCUCCAGUGAUGGCGGUCUUCAGAUUACUGAAGCGACCGACAUUACCCUGAACGCUAGUGCUUACCCUGGCGUCCCUGGCGUCUUUACCGACUCCCAACUACAGGGAUGGAAGAAGGUAACGGACGCUGUCCAUGCCAAGGGCGGCUUUAUCUUUACUCAGCUAUGGCAUACAGGACGGGCGUCCUGUAGUGCGCAGCGAGGUGGUGAGAGGGCCGUGUCUUCCGGGGAUCAGCCCAUGCCGGGUACAUAUCUGGAUGGCACUGAUACCAAGGAUGACCCCCCUCGAGCCCUGACAGUGGAUGAAAUUCACAGCCUUACUGCUGAAUGGGCAGCUGCCGCCAAGCGAGCUGUUGAAGUCGCUGGGUUCGAUGGUGCCAAUGGUUAUCUCCUUGAGCAGUUCCUUCAUGAUAACAUCAACAACCGAACUGACGAGUAUGGCGGCUCCGUUGAAAACAGAUGCAGAUUCCUGCUUGAGGUUCUCACCGCAUGUUGUGAUGCUAUUGGUGCCGACAAGGUCGGUCUUCGACUUUCGCCUUACAACUACUUUCAGGGCACGAAGGACAGUGAUCCCAACGCUCAUUGGUCGUACCUCUGCGGCCAGAUCGCCAGUCUGCCAGACAACCAUAAACCUGUUUACGUCCACAUGAUUGAGCCCCGUUUCGACGAGGUUCUCGAUGAGCAGCAAAAGCUCGCUGCACUUGCCAACGGUAGUAGUAAAGAUGGUACUGCUGUCGAAGUUGGAAAACAGGCAAACUCGCUCAACAUAUUCCGCAACAUUCUCCAGCCUUCUGGAAUUCUAUUCAUGGCCUGCGGAAACUUCAACCGAGACAAUGCUCCCACCAAGAUCAAGAGUCAAGAGGCUGACUUGGUCGCCAUGGGCCGACACUUUAUUGCCAAUCCUGACUUGGCUGAGAGAUUACAGAAUGGCUGGCCUCUUAACGCAUAUGACCGCAGCACAUUUUACGGUGCCGAUCCUCCGGAGAAGGGCUACAAUGACUAUCCUUUCUACAGCCCCUCAAAUGAGGUCAAGAGUGAAGCAUAA